AUGAAGGCAGAGGUUGGGGUAAAGCUGGGCAAAUACUAUAGCAAUCUAAAAGUUGAAAGUAUGCUGAUGAAAUGUCCAUUUGAGGUGAUACUAGAAGAAAAGGAAUGGUUCCAUUACUACAAACCAGGAGACUAUUGGAUUACUGGAAUAAUGUCUGGAAUCUUAGCUCGAUUGUACCAAUUUUCAUUCUCUAAACCUCCAACCCACCAACUGAAAAGUGAGAACAACUUCUACUACAUUCUGCCCUUCUUAUUGGCUGUUCAUGAAGUCAACCGGAAUUCAAGGCUCUUACCCAACAUCACCCUGGGCUACAAUAUCUAUCAGAACUUUUUCAGUGCAAGAAUGACAUAUGAGGCUGUGCUGGAUGUGCUGUCUACGGGACAGGAGAACGUCCCAAACUACAGAUGUGGAAGACAAAAGAACCUGCUGGCGAUUCUUGAAGAGAUGGAUUCUGAACUCUUUGAUCACAUUUCCAAUGUCUUGAGCAUCUAUAAAAUUCCACAGAUCAACUACAGUGUCAUCAACCAGAUGGCUGAGCAAAAGAAUCGUUUCCCUUUUUCAUAUUGGAUGACCCCAAACCAAGAACCUCCUUACUUAGCGAUUGUCCAGCUGCUCCUGCAGUUCCAAUGGACGUGGAUUGGCCUCCUUUCUCAGGACAAUGAAAGAGGAGAAAAAUUCAAAAGAUGCUUGGAAGUUCUCGCUCUAAAAAAUGGGAUUUGCAUUGUCCUCUCAGGAACUGUCCCAGAAGCAAAUAUGCAGACAAGUGCUGGAGAAACUCUCAUGCAAGAAAAAAGGAAAAUGUUCUCUUCUCUUAUCAAGAGUCAAAUAAAAAUUAUACUUCAUAGGUUCCUGAGGAACUUCCAACAUCGUAAUAUUUCUAGAGAUGGGAUUUCUUUUGAUGAAAAUGGAGUUCCUGUUAGUGACUUUGAUAUCAUGCACUGGACAUCAGUUCGGAACAAAUCAGAUGCGGGGGUGAAAAUUGGGAGUAUGGUGCCUUAUUCAAGAUGUACAGAAAGUUGCUCUGCAGGUUAUUCCAAGCUUGUGAGAAAGGGAGCCCCAGUUUGCUGCUACGACUGUUCUCUGUGUAUGGAAGGAACAUUCUCUGGGCAAGAAGAUGCAGCCCAUUGUGAAAAGUGUUCAGAUGACCAGUAUUCCAAUAAGAAGCGGGAUCAGUGUAUCCCCAAAAGCAUAAGCUUCUUAUCCUAUAAAGAAUCAUUGGGACUCAUCCUGGCUUUCUUUGCCAUUGCUUUGUCCCUAACCACUGCCUUUAUUCUGGGAAUCUUCAUUAAAUACCGAGAAACUCCCAUAGUCAAAGCAAACAACCGUGAACUUACCUACGUCCUCCUGGUUUCACUCCUGUUUUCUUUCUUGACCUCCUUUCUAUUCAUCGGUCGCCCCAUGAAAAUGACCUGUCUCCUUCGACAAACCAUUUUCAGUAUUGUUUUCUCUGUUGCCGUAUCUUCUUUGCUGGCCAAGACUGUAAUGGUGGUGGUAGUUUUCCUGGCUACAAAGCCAGGAAGCAGGAUGAAGAAAUGGCUGGGGAAGAGUCUGGCCCACUCGAUUGUUUUAUCCUGCUCUGGUAUUCAAGUAGGCAUCUGUAUGAUAUGGCUGGGAAUCUUUCCCCCAUUCCCAGAUUCUGACUUUCAUUCCCAGCCAGACCACAUCCUGCUGCAGUGCAACGAAGGUUCAGUUGCCAUGUUCUACACUGCCCUUGGCUACAUGGGUUUUCUGGCUGCCAUCUGUUUCUUGGUGGCAUUUCUGGCUCGAAAUCUGCCAGGGAUCUUCAAUGAAGCCAAACUGAUCACCUUCAGCAUGUUGGUUUUUUGUAGUGUGUGGAUCUCCUUUGUCCCCACCUACCUGAGCACCAAAGGGAAAUACAUGGUAGCCGUGCAGAUCUUCUCCCUCCUGGCCUCCAGCCUGGGUUUACUGGGCUGCAUUUUUAUCCCCAAAUGCUACAUUAUUACACUGAGACCUGACAUGAAUACCAAGGAACAUCUGAUGAUGAAAACUCAUUAA